AAUGCUCCCGGGUACAAGGACAAACCAUCAGCAGUCGAUACCGACUGCACAGGGUUGCUUCAUGUUAUCAUAAAUAACACAUAUUUUCAUAGUCAUAUUGGAUGCAAUAUUACAGGACCAAACAAUCUUUUUUCAAAGGUACGGCAGUAUCGAAAUGAGAUUUUUCACUCAAGCAAUAUGGAGUUAGAGGAGAGUAAGGCUAAUUGUUAUAUUGAUGACAUGAUAGCUGUUCUACAAGAUAAUAAGGAGCUUCUACAUCGACAAGAUGCACAACAAGCUGUAAGGAAACUCCAAGAUUUGAAGAAGAAAGAUUUCAUUAUUACUUCUGAAAGCUUUGAAGAAAUUCUGAGUGAAAUCAAAGACGAAAUGUCAAAAGUUCUGAAAUCAACAGAAAAUGCUGCAACUAAAGAGGAAUAUGAUGAUCUGAAGAAGAAGCUAAAAGAACUUGAAACCAAAAUGUCUGACGAACAGAAGGGAAAACUGGAAAAUGAAAAAGAAGUUGCAGAACUAAAGAAAACAAUUACUGACCUGAAGAAGAAGCUAUUAGAACUUGAAACCAAGAUGUCCAAAGUAAACGACGAAAAUGUUGAGAAUGCAGAAUUGAAAAAGAAACUAGGAGUCUUGGAGACUCUUGUUUCAGAACAGAAAGAGGAGAUGACAAAAAUUAAGACAGAAACUUCCUCAGGUCAAAGUCAGGCAGAUUAUGAUCAAGCCAAGUUAGGUUGUCGUACUCAAUUGAUAGAACAUUAUCGCAGUGAUGUACUUAAAGUAUCAGCAAUACCUUUACAACCAGAUGAGGAAAAUUAUAACUUCAGUGACGUUUAUAUAAGACCCACUAUAACAAUCAAGAUAGAAAGGAGCAGAGGGGAGUCUGAGGAAAAAGAAAUAAAGUCCAUGUCAGAGAUUUUCACAAAGAAUGGGGAACCACAGAAAUUUAUUUACGUUGUUGGAGAUGCAGGGUCUGGUAAGAGUAGUUUCUGUAAAUAUUUGAUCAACUGUUGGUGUAUGGCACACAGUGAUGGACACAAUGACGAUGAUGAGUUUGAUUGUAUGGCACACAGUGAUGGACACAAUGACGAUGAUGAGUUUGAUUGUAUGGCACACAGUGAUGGACACAAUGACGAUGAUGAGUAUGAUUGUAUGGCACACAGUGAUGGACACAAUGACGAUGAUGAGUUUGAUUGUAUGGCACACAGUGAUGGAGACAAUGACGAUGAUGAGUUUGAUUGUAUGGCACACAGUGAUGGACACAAUGACGAUGAUGAGUUUGAUGAAGUCAAGGAAAUGAAGAAAUUUGAUUUCAUGUUUUAUAUUUCUCUUAGACAUAACAUUAAGAUCCGAAGUGUCACAGAAAUGCUUGAAAUGCGAUAUGAUAAGAUAAAAAAAUUUAAGUAAAAUUCUGGAAAAUGAUUCUGAAAAGAUAAUUAUUUUGCUUGAUGGUUUAGAUGAAUGGUCUUUUGAUAGUGAGACUAGGAAUGAGUUCCAGGCAGGCCUUCCCGAACGUGACUUUACAAAGAAAUACACCAUUGUUACUACAUCACGGCCAUGGAAAAUUCACAGUUUAAGAGUAAGUAAUAGAGAGAUUCAUCAAUUAUUGAAAUUAAAAGGGUUUGAUGAAACACAUGAAAAAAAAAUGAUUGAGAAAACAAUAACAGCAUUGAACGAAUCAUUAGAUCCAAGUGUGUGUGAACAAGAGCUUGGGAUACCGUCUGUGGUUGGCCUGAAACAGGUACCAAUUAUGCUGCAGCAAUUAAUAUGUCUAUGGUGUGAUGGUAAACUAGAUAAAACAUCAAGGUGUGCUAUUUAUACUGGUAUGUUAGAACUUUAUUUCACUUGGAAUAUCAAUAAAACUUUAGGAAAUAAUACAGAAUGUAUGGAAAGUUCUCAGAAUGUUGAACUCCCUCAGUAUUUGACAGAUGUAGAGAUAUGUAGAUUAAAUAGUAAUCUUAUAUA